GUCAAUCCUACUUAUCGCUUAAUCAACAAAAAGAAAAAAUUAUGACUUAUCUUUCGGAUUGCGUUGCUACGUUACUAGAGUGUUUGAAUUUGCCAAGAGCAAUACAUUAUGUAUUGUAAAACGUUUUACUAAAAUAAAGACUACACGGGCCUUGUAAAUUGUCUCGAUUCAAGCCGAAAUAUACAAAAACAUGAGUAAUAACCCUCCUUUGCCUGAUGAUGAUUAUGAUACCAAAGAUUUCGUUUGGAACCUCACUUAUGCUUUUGGAACUAUAUUCAUAAUUGGACCGUUACUGGUGGGGAAGGUGCCAUAUAUCGUAGUUCCCGAAGCCGACCGUGCUUUGUACAGAAUCUGCAUAAUGCAAACAGCUUUAAUCAUGUGGAUAGUAUGGGUCACCGUGUAUUGUUCACAGUGCCAUCCCAUAUCUGGUCCUAUAAUGUCGAAUACAACCCUCACUUGGAUCAGUUAUGCUUGGGGUAACAGUGAAUCAGUCCAAGGUAUAACUCUACCUACCACCACCAGCACCACCUCCACCACCACAACCACCGAAUAUCCUAUUAGCACUACUACUAGCACCACAACGACUACCGAAUCCAGCCUAGUCCUACACAAUUUUGUUCAAAAUAAAAAUCAGGCGUUAAGACUUAAGAUGCAAAAAUCUUAUCUGACCAGUUUCGAAUUUGAAAUUAAAACACCAUGCACAUUGCUACAUAUAAUCAUAACAGAAGACAAUAGCAUAUCAACAUCAACCGGGAAAUCAGUUCAAUUUUAUUUGAGAAGAUUUUUUCUAACAACAUUUGAAUUUGAUAAUGGAAAUAGCAUUAGUCCACCUAAAAUGUCACAAAAUAUUGAACCAGCAUUUGAAGUUAACACCUAUAGAAGAUUUGUAAUAAAUUGUAACAAACAGGGUGAAGUGAGUUUCACUUACAUACAUUCAAAUGGUACGAGAUAUUUCAUGGAUAAGGGCGGUAAAGGCAUUCAUUGCAAGUAUAUUACGAUAAUAAAACCUAACAAUUGGGUGAUGUGGAAUUUUUAUGGAGGAGUUACACAUAUUGAUGACUUAUCACUCUUGAAGAGCAUGGUAAUUGAGGAACUGCUGGAAUACUUUGAAAGUAGCGCAACCGAAGCAGUAGAUGUAUAUAUUAACGACAACAAUAGUACAGGUAAAGAAAUUCGUACAGGUACAGAAAUAGCAACGGGGACAGCAACAGUAACAGGAAUAGGUACAGGUAGUGGAACAGCAAUUGGAACAGAAAGAGACAAAGAAAACGAAAGAGAAAAAGGACAAGGAACAGAAAUAGAAACAGAAAAAGUAACAGAAAAAGAAACAGAAAAAGAAACAGAAAAAGAAACAGAAAAAGAAACAGAAAAAGAAACAGAAAAAGAAACUGAAAAAGAAACUGAAAAAGAAACAGAAAAAGAAACAGAAAAAGAAACAGAAAAAGAAACUGAAAAAGAAACAGGUACAGAUAUACCUACAAGUACAGUUACAUUGGAGACAAUAAACGAUAAUGUAUUGUUUUACACGGAGUGACGAAAAUGCAGUCGAUGACUUGGUGUCCUGUGACUUUUGAGGGGUAUUCCAGUCGCGAAUUAGAAUACGACAAUCAGCCGGACACCUUCUUAUUAUGAACUCAGAUAUAUUAUUUACGAAAAGUUGAAGAAGAAACUAUUGGUAAUUAAUAUAUUUUAUUUAAGUAUUUGUAUGUUAAUAAAAAAAUACUUUAAGCUAAAAAUAUGUUUUGUCUCUUUGUGUCAAUUUCAAAUAUUGUAAAGUACGAUAAUGACAAAACUUAUUUUAGUUUAAAGUAUGUUUUAACUUUUUAUACCUUAAAAGUUGUUUUUAUCUGUAACAGUAUUUUGCAAACUAAGCUUUAUAGACAACUCGUCCUUUCACUAAUCCGGUUGCUAAGAAUUCCAACAAGUGCUGGUUCAAUUGUGCGUAGGACUGCAUUCGAAGGUAGGUGCUGACUGGUGCCAACAGACUGCUGAUGCCAAUCUAUCUACGUCUAAAGUACAGGAAAGUGCAUGUCAAUUCAACCUACUCCAAUCUCUAUGCGUCGGCAAUAGACAUUUUGCAGUGAAUUUCGGUUAAUGUGUUGUUGAGUGUACUUUUACUUAUUCCAUGGUUAAGGUAUAUUUUAAACUAGGUAGGUACUUAACAUAAUAAAUGGGUGUUGAACACAAUAAAGACAUGCCGCAAACAAAACUUAGGCAUUUCUGGCUAUUAUGUUUCAUUAGUUGGUUAAUCCACAACGCCUGACUGACACCCUUGUCUGACAUUGUGUUGAUGUUGUAUAGAAGGAAAUUGAGGAAUUGUGCGCAAUUCCCAUUAAAAUUUUGCUUUUUUCAGCUGUAUUUUUUACUGGCUGUAUUUUUACUGGCUGGCUACCCGUAGCUCCGUCUGCGGUAACUAUUUAUGGUCUCCUGUUAUUAAAUAUGUCUAUUUCAUCAAAAUCGGUCUAGUGGCUUAGUGUGAUAAACAGACUUUUGCAUUUAGAGUAUUAAGCAUGGAGUUUUUAUUCAAGGAAUUGAUAGAUUACUUAGAAAAUCUAUUUGAAAUAAUUGUAUAGAUUAUCUUAACUACUUAGUAAUUAAUUUCAUAUCUGUCCUAUCAAAUAUGAGGUAUUAAUUUCCUGUGAAUUGUAUAAAAUGGCUUCUUAACACUAUUUUAAUAACGCUGUCUUUUAUCAAACCCAGUUGCAGUUUGUUGAAAUGCGAUUCUUUUUUCGAAAUUUGACGCUCAAGGUAUAACUUUACAGCUUUUCUUAAUUUAAAAUCUAUGUCCAAAUUAAUGAACUCGUAGAGUGUAGGUCUACAAUUCUACCACCUUGUGACCACUACGGUUGUCGACUGGUCUCUAGAUAGUGGCAUUUGAAUAUAGUAGCUAUUCCUCGGGUUACUGCCAACUUGACAGACUUUUAAUAACUGUAAUCAAUUAGCUUAUCAAUUGUGUUAAUCGAAAUACUACCUAUUAAGUUUGACACCGUUUCGAAGGGCACAUGAGACAUUUAUUAAUGGAUGUUAUUAUAACAACUUAUCUAAGCAAAGAACAUGCAUUAGGUGUGUUGCCUGUGUGUCAAGCGGAAGUAAUUGUAUAAUAAUUUGGGUAAAAAAUAUAAUGCAUAUUUCUACAAACACGAUAAUCAAAUGUCACUUAAAUUGAUUAGUUAUAAUAAUUACUAUUUUUUGUUGCCUGAUUAGAACUCUUUAACUCUAAAAUUGUGAUGUCACGUGAUAGGAUAUUAUGUAUAUACAAUAUAUAUAUAUAUAUGUUUUUGAUUACAUUUCUAUAUAUAUUCCCCAAUGACAAAGAAAAUUGCCCUAUUGAAGGUCGUCCCUAUCAUCCCUAGCACAGACGAGAACUGCGAUCCAUUAUACACACACAUACAUGUAAAUACUACUCGUAUCCUACUAAUAUCAUAAAUGCGAAAGUUUGUGAUGAUGUUUGUGUGUAUCUGGACGUGUUAUGAAAUUUGGUAAAUAUGAUUUUUGCUGGGCUGCAUUUUUCUCGACCUUCAAUAGGUCAAAUGGUUGAAAAAUAUAAAUAGGACACCCAAUCCCAACUAAUAUUAUAAAUGGGAAAGCAAGUUUGUUUGUUUGUUAACUCUUCACGCAUUGUCUACUGGACCGAUUGUUAUAAAAUUUGGUACACGGGUAGAAUAUAACCUGGAAUAACACAUAGGGUACUUUUUAUCCCGAAAUUCCAACCGGAGCGAAGCCCCGGUGUGGAGCUAAUCUAUUUCAUAAAUUUAUUUCUGAUGUGUAUUCACAGACAUUCAAUAUUUACAAGAUAAAUGUGUGUUUAUUAAAUAUAUCCUCAGUACCAGGUAGUGUAUCGAGUGUUUCAAUGUUACAAUUGGAAACUUUACAAUUACAUUUUGUAACAACAUUUUGAUAAUGAUCUCAGGGUUAUGUCUAAUUUUAUUACCAAAAUUUUGAGAAUCAUAUUAGAUUCAACGUUAUCUAUAAAUCUAAUCUUUACAAUAUUUCCUAAAAUAUGUUACAUAGCAUCUAGGUAUUUUUAAAGCUUAUAAAUUUAAUAUAAGUUAAAUUAGAAAAUGAUUAAUUUAGGAUAAUAAUUAUAUUUUGUAAGCGAUACGGAAAUAUUUUAGUCGAUAUUUACAUUAACUAAAACAUCUUUAACCGUAAUGUUAAAAUAUUCUAACAGAUCUGUUUUACCUGUGUUAUUUAAACAAAAAGUAUUACUCCAAUGUCAAUGACGUGUCAGUGUGCGAACGCAAUAAGAACAUCCACACAAUGCAAAUAUUCUUAGACAAUACUUCUAAUUGGUUCCGCAUUUCUGAUGUCUGAUUUAUUUAUAUAGAUGUAAACCAAUUAACAUUUUAACAUCAACCUAACUGACAUUGACAGCACAUCAACCUAAACAAAAUCAUUGCGAAUUACCCCUAUUACCAUUUCAUAGAGCUCCAUAGAUGGUAACUUGAUGUGCAGUUGACUGUAAGAGGACCACGCCAAAUCCUUUCGUGGAUAAAUUUAAAAGUCGAGUUUUACGCGAUCCAUUUACCAUUUACCCGAAGUCCAGGGACUUCGGGGCUUCGCAUCUCCGAAUGUAUCCGGGAACACGGGAGGAUGAGAGCGAGAGAAAAGUACUUAAUAUAUUUUCGUAAUGCGCAUACGCAUUCAGUGUGCACCGGCCUUUAGCUUUAAUGCUGUCGUUUCAGAUAUUCGGUUCACUGAAUUCAUGUUUUCGCACAGAUUACUUACUUUCAAACUGCGUAAAAUUUUGAAAAUCCAAUUUCGAGAUGGAAGGGAUUUAGCCCAAAAUAUCUCUCUUUCACUGGGAUCCACUCUCUGGAUCAAAAUUCGACCUCACUUAUGUCGAUUAGAAUAAGUGAGGUCGAAUUUUAGAGAUCCAAUGGACACUAAACUGAUUACUGUGAUUUAAUUUAUAGGCAUUUCUGUAGCGUGUGCCGCGGUCUAAUGCCCAUGAUUCUGCAACCAAUUAAAAUUAGUAUAAUUAUACCAAUUAGUCAAAAUCGAUGUUAUCAAAAUUCACAUUCGCUUCCUCUUCUAAUUUUGUAGCCAAAUAUUGCUCAUCGAUUGAUGAUAUAUAUGCCAUAUGACCGUUGUAAAUGGAUUGAAAUAAUAUAUACCUAGAGGAUUUAUGCUUUAUUAUAUGCUGUAAUGUGGCUAUAAUAUUAUUAUUAUUUUUUAGAUUACAAUAGAUAAAUAGUUAAUUACAAAAUGUUAAACAUGUUCAUGAUAGCUAUGUGUUCUAUAUUUUAAACUAGAUUUUGUCCGAGGCUUCGCCUGCGUAAAUUUAUGUGCGAAAGCGGAACAGACAUGAUUUUCAUACAAAUUUUCACCCCAUUAUAGAAAUUUGGGGGUUGAUUUUGAAAAUUCCAUCAAAAUCGGUCCAGUGGUUCAGCCGUGCGCUUUCACGGCAAAGAGUCAGACAGACAGAUUUUCGCAUUUAUAAUAUUAGUAUGGAAUAAAUUCGUUUAUGUAGGUAGGUAUGGUUGAAUGAAUGCAUUAAUAUCGGUUGUUAGUAAUCAACAAAAAUCUUGCUCAAUAGACAAUACGCAAGUUACGAUGAUAGAUAACUAUAGGUAUAUACAAGUAGGUACUUAGGUAAGUACUGGUGGACCACACCCACCUGUCCUUACUUAGGUACAGUCGAGUACAUACGUGCUUUCUAUCACUAAAAUAUAAAUUAAAGAGACGAAUAAAAUUAUAGCAAUAUGUCGGCCAUUAAUCAACCUUCCUCACCAGUCAAAAAAAUCCUCAAAAUCCGUUGGGUAGAUUUAAAGGACAGACAAACAGAUAGCCGGAAGCGACUUCGUUUUAUACUAUGUAAUGGUAAUGAUUGUAUUCUAUCAAAUGUAACUAUGGGUCCGCCUGAAAUAAAUGAUUACUAUAUAAAAAAAAAAAAUAAAUCAAAAGAUAUACGUACGUAUAGUACAAAAAGCUGCGCCCCAGGGAAGUUGCAUCUCCAUGUAAAUUUCGGAAUAAAAAGUACCCUAUGUGUUAUUAGGUUAUUUCUAGUAUAGUCUAUACUAUUUCUAGUUACAACCAGGUUAUAUUCUACUCGUGUAUCAAAUUUAAUAAUAAUUGGUCGAUUUUGCGUGAAAUAGUAACAGACAUCUGUAUGUUUAUUACUCUUUCACGCAAAAUGCGAAAGUUUGUGAGGAUGUACCUAUGGUGCAUGUACACACAUACGUGCUCACAAACUUUCACAUAAUAUUGGGAUUACUUCUUGAAAAUACUUAAAAGAGUAAACGUCAAGCUAAAUAAGUUGAUACAUAAAUUAGUGUGAUUGCAUUUAUUCAUUAAAUCUUUCAAACUGUCAAGAUAUCGAUGAAAAUUGUAACUUUAAUCGAACGUUUAAUGAUACCUCUAGUUAUGGUGCGUGUAACGUAAAUAUAUUACUUAAAUUCUCAUUUAAUCGGCCAAUUUGUUCUAUAAGUUAUUCAAUGAAUACUCGUGGCAAUUUUCAUUAUUAUCGUUUUUUAAUAGAGAGAGCCCCUAGGUUUUAAUUUUGAGUCGUGCGUUGUCAAAACAUCAUAUAACUUUUAUUAAGUUUAAAUGCCCAAAUUGUAAUUGAAUACACUCUGCAGUGAGGGAAUCGGUCGGUUUCUCAUUUUACAUGCCUUUCGGCAAAAAAAACUGUUGCCAGAUAUGAAAUUUUAACAGUGUUGGGUACGGUUCUUAGGAAAUCUAAUAAAAAGAGAAACUACACACUACACACCAUACUUUGAGUCUGAAUUCAAAUAACUUUGUGUUGGACUGUACUUUGACUUCUUUAUAUAAAACACAAAGCAUUGUUGUAUUGUAGUUAUUGGCACAAACGUUAUCGAAGUUGCGCUUACGCAACUCAGCGACAGUCCACUUUCGCAGCUAUCCUUGUUACCUGGCCUAGCAACUGGGGCCGAUCUCCUCGGUUAUGUAUUAGGUAUAAAUAAUGUUACGGCUAAACCCCGAAGUGUGGCUGCGCCAUUUAGCAAAAGUAGCAAAUUAAAAAAAAAACAUUUGGCUUCCAGUCCCAUAAAGUCCUAAUGUCGCAAACAACACCCCAUAAUUAUUUUUCAAUAAUAUCUCCUAUGUACAGACAUAUCCCACUUACAAUUUUAUUAUAUGUAUAGAUAGAUAAAUCAUUUUUACAUACAUUGCUUAUUAGUAAAGUACGGCAAAAGCCGGUAGUCCGGUAGCUGGUAGUAUGAUAUGACGGACAUGGGUUCGCCGCUGGUAUUGCAUCAAAUGCACUUGCUGCAUGCUGCGUGUUACCCCACAAUAAAUUACUAAAUGGACCCUUGUCUGGUAACCUCGUUUUACCGUAAGGCGGCCCGCACCUUCGCUACCGUCAACUUCACUUUUAGUUUAAAUUCAUUGGGAAUUAUAACAAAUUUUUAUAUAGUUAUGUAAAUGUAUACUUUAGUUAAGUUACAUUCCAAAAUUAAUUUU